UUGUUAAUCAUGACUCGGACGGAAAGUGAUAGAAACUGCAGCAGUUGUCAUUCCAUGCAGAACAGAAUUAUGCAGUGAGAUAAACGUUUACAAGUUUGAAAAUUAUAAAACAAUGCUGCAAACUAUUGUUUACUUUUUCCAAAUAUAACAUACAGUUGUCUAUUGAAAGGAACAAUAGAACAAUUUAUUGCUUUUCUUCUAACUGUUUCUAUUAUUUAAUAUGGAAAAAACAUCAUUGAGCAAAAUGACUAUUGUAGAUGAAAUGGACGAACCUGUAUUAUCAGACACAAAUUGGAAAGAGGAAGAAUCGACUCCACUUAUACCGCCAGUUCAAAUGUCUGAACAAACAGAUAAAUUCACAUGUUCACGUUUUCUUAAAAGCAUAACAAUCGAACCGUUUAUGGCUCUCUUCAUGUUUUCUUAUGUCGUGGGAGGUGUAUGCUCACAAAAUAUCUUUAUAGAUAAAGCUUGUCUGAAUAUUUACGGAUUUUCUGCUAAUGUGUGUAAUAAUAUUGAUAAUUAUACGAAGGAGAGAGAAAAGGUAGAAACGACUGCAGACAACUAUAACCUAUAUAACACAUUAAUACGAACUGUUCCAGCGGUAUUCUUUUCUAUGGUUAUAGGACCUUGGAGUGACAAAUAUGGAAGAAAAUUGCCCGUGAUAUUGGCAAUAAUUGGUUUAGGAUUGGAAAACGUUGGUAUUAUAUUAAAUAUAAUUUAUUUUGACGCCCCGUUAUAUUGGAUGGUUGGAGGUUUCACAGUAACCUUGAUGUGUAUGUACAGUUUAAUCUCCGAUCAAACCACCAAGAAACAAAGAACCAUAAAAUAUGCACUCCUAGAAUUAGCGUAUGGUGUGGGUAUUCCACUUGGCACAUUUAUUGGUGGAAUGGUUUAUAAGAAGUAUGGUUAUAUAUACGUGUAUAUAAUAGGAAUAGUUUCGCAAGUAAUGGCUAUAAUGUGGUUAAUUAUAGUUGUUAAAGACAGUAGAAACUUACGAAAUGCUUUGAACGGUAAAAUUGUUUGUGAUUUAUUCUCUUUCCAAAACUUUAAAGAAAGUUAUGAUGCAGUAACGAAGCCUCGGCCGAACGGAACUAGAUUGGAAAUUUUCUUAUUGAUAGGUUCAAUGUGCGCUUUGAUCUCCAAUUAUACAGCUAUGAGCGGAUUUGCAUUUUACUUUGCCAAGGAAAUGUACAAUUGGGACGUAACUACUUAUUCUAAUGUCACUUCUUCAUUUAUUACUGCUGGAAUCUUCGUCGUCGUUUUCUCUGUACCUCUACUCGUAAAAAUUUUCAAAAUGAAAGAUUAUUGCCUGGGUAUAAUUGGUAGUAUUUCCACAUUUUCAUCAGAUAUCGUUAAAGGAUUUGCAUACAAAACAUGGAUCUACUAUUUAGGUAACGCCUUCGGUAUAUUUGGCACUAUGGGUUUGUUAGCAGUGAGAGCCAGACUCUCUAAAAUUGUAUCCGAAGAAGAGUUAGGUAAAAUCUUUGCAUUUUUAUCGUCUUGCGAAUCUCUAGUUCCUGUUAUUGGUAAUUUAAUAUUUACUCAAAUCUUUAAUGCUACCAUUCACGUCUUUACUGGUAUGGCAUAUAUAAUAACAGGCGCCAUCAUCAUAUUUCCAAUUGUUGUGUUUCCGUGGAUCGGUAAAAAGAAGAAUCUCGUUAAUGAAUUACUUGAAGAUUAACCGGAAGAAAUUCUAGGAAAAAAGGCAUGAAACAGAAAAAAGUCCUUAAUAAAAUAUUAAAAGUGAGAUAAAAUUAAUAAUAAAUUUAUGAAUAUUUUUAUAUCUUAAAUUU